AUGGAACAAAAUGAUGUCCAAAGUAAUGUCUUGAAAAAAAAAAAAAACGAAAGAAAUAUUUUAAAUAAUGAUAAAGAUAUAAAUUCUGAAAGCGAAAAGUAUAUGAAAAAAGAAAGAAGAAAAAAUAGUGAAAAUGGAUUUGUUAAUUUAAGAGAAUGGACAGUUAAAGUACAGAAUAGAUAUGAAAAAAAAUUAAAAAAAAAAGAAAGUGUAAAUAAUAUAAAAAAUGAUAAAUCAACAGAAAAUGAUACUCCUCGUCUUGAUACAAAUACGAAUUUACAAAAUGAUGAAGAUAAUUAUAUAUCAUCAGAUUCUUCAUCUUUUAAAUCACGUUCGAGUUUAGGAAGAAAAAUAUCUUUCUCAUCAGAUGAAUCUUAUUUUGAUUCAGACAUUGAUAUGAGAAUAAAAAAAUUAUUGAAUAUAGAGGAUCAUGAUCAUUUUAAGAAAAAGAAGAAGAAAAAGAAAGAAGAAGAAGAAGAGGAAAAAAUAAUAAAAGACGAAGAAGAAAAAAUAAAAGAAGAAGAUAAUGAGCAGAAUCAUACAAAUGAUAAUGUAGAAAAAAUAGACAUUCAAUGUAUUACAAGUGAGGAACAACAUAUAAAUAAUAAAUCUCAUGAGGAAGAAAAACAAAAUGAAAAUAAUAUCGAUGAUAAAAUAAAUAAUGUAAAAAAUGUGGACUCUAUUAUUGAAAAUAAGACAUCUGAACAAGUAGACGCUUCAAAAAAAAAUGAACAAGAUUGUUCUACUCCAAAAAAUGAAACUGUGAAUGAAUUUUUAACAGAACAGGUUCAACAUAAUAAUAAUAUUAAUAAUAAGGAUGAUAAAAAUGAUGAUAAUAAUGAUGAUAAAAAUGAUGAUAAUAAUGAUGAUAAAAAUGAUGAUAAUAAUGAUGCUAAAAAUGAUUCUCAAAAUGAUUCUCAAAUUGAUUCUCAAAAUGAUGGUCAAAAUGAUACUCAAAAUGAUACUCAGAAUGAUGAUGAUAAUAAUAAUUAUAAAAAUAUUAACAACGAAAAAGAAACAUGUGAAAAUAAAAUAGAAGAUGAGAAUAUUAUAAAUAGCAAAAUCAUCAAAGAUAAUGAUAUACUUGAUAAAUAUAGUCCAAAUAAAAAGAAAAAUAAUAAUUCUAGCCAUCCUGAUAACAAAAAGACGAGUAAAAGUAAUUCUUUUGUUAAUCCUACACAUAAAAAGGAAAAAAUUAAUAAUAGCAACACCCCAGUUGUAUCAAAUAAUAUUUCACAUGAAAAAGAAGAUGAAAAAAAAAAAAAAAGUGAUCAUCGAGAUUUAAAUGAAAGUGAAAAAAAAAAUAUCAAAUUGGAUUAUCCUAAAGAUUUUGAAAGUAACUAUAAACACGACAAACAUUUAAAUAAUGGGGAUGAAGAAAAAAAUACUCAUAGUUCUCAUAGCCAAAAUAACAAGGAGAAAAAAAUUCAUUCCAAUGAUUCCGAAGCUUUAAGAAGAAGUAGCAUAAAAAGAAGUACAGCCGAUUAUGAGAAAAAGAACUUAAAAAGUGAGGUGUAUUAUGGAAAAGAAUAUUCAAAUAGUUAUAGUAAAGAAGAUGUAAUUAAAGAAGGUAAAGAUAAAAAACAUUCUAAUGAUAUUAAUGAACAUAAUCACAUAGAAGGUACUGUAAGUCAUAGCAACAGAUUAAGAGAAUCGAUCAAAUUUGAAGACAAGAAAAAAAACAACAACAAUAAUAAUAAUUAUUCCAAUUAUAAUAAUACAUAUGGUGCGUUUAAAAAAUAUACACAUAAUAAUGAUAAUAAUCAUCAUGUAGAUAGAGAUAAAAAUAGAGAAAGAGAAAGGGAACCCAACAAAUAUGAACGAAAAGAUAAACAACAAGCAGAAAUGGAAAGAGAAAGAGAAAGAGAAAGAAAUAAAAAUAAAGAAAGAGAAAAACAAAUAGAAAGAGAUAAAGAAAAACAAAUGGAAAGGGACAGAGAAAAGCAAAUGGAAAAAGAUAGAGAAAAACAUAUUGACAGGGACAGAGAAAAAGAAUGGGAUAGAGAUAGGGAAAGGAAUAGAGAAAGACAUAUGGAAAAAAAUAGGGAAAGAGAAAGAGAAAGGGAAAUGGACAGAGAACGAGACAUGGAUAGAAAUAGAGAAAAGGAAAGGAAUAUGGAUAGAGAAAGAGAAAUGGAAAGAAAUAAAGAAAGAGAAAGAGAAAUGGAAAGAAAUAAAGAAAGAGAAAUGGAAAGAAAUAAAGAAAGAGAAAGAGAUAUGGAUAGAGAAAGAGAAAUGAAUAGGAAUAGAGAAAGAGAAAGAGAAAUGGACAAAAAUAGAGAAAGAGAAAGAGAAAUGGACAGAAAUAGAGAAAGAGAAAGAGAAAUGGACAGAAAUAGAGAAAGAGAAAGAGAAAUGGACAGAAAUAGAGAAAGGGAAAGAGAUAUGGAUAGAGAACGAGAAAGAAAUAUGGAAAGAGAAAGAGAAAGGAAUAUGGAAAGAGAUAGAGAAAUGAAUAGGAAUAGAGAAAGUUUGAGAGAAAUGGAUAGACAUAGAGAUAUAGAAAGAUAUAGAGAAAGAAAUAUAGAAAGGGAUCGAGACCGAGAUAGAGAUAGAGAUAGAUAUAUGGAUAGAGAAAGGGAUAUAGAAAGAGAUAGAAAUAGAGAAAGAGAUAUAGAUAGAGAAAGAGAUAUAGAAAGAGAUAGAAAUAGAGAAAGAGAAAGAGAUAUAGAUAGAGAAAGAUAUAGAGAAAGAGAUAUAGAUAGAGAUAGAGAUGUAGAUAGAGAAAGAUAUAGAGAAAGAGAUAUAGAUAGAGAUCAUGAUUUAAAUUCAUCAUUUAAAAGUAUAAAAAAUUUCAACUCUUUUGAUAUAUCAAAAAAAAGAUGUAAUGGAAUUGAUUCUAAUGUAAAUAAGAAACGAUCUUAUAUUAAUGAAAAUAAUAAUAAUUAUUCUGUAAAAAAAAUACAUGAUGAAAAUACACAUUAUGAACACACAGAUAAAGAUAGAUAUGUAUAUAAUUCAAAUGAUAUACAUGGUAGGAAACAUUCAAGUAUUAAAAACAAAUUAAAUGAUACAGAUAAUUGGGAAAAAAAAAUGUCAAGGCUAAAAGAAAAAUUAAUAAAAAAAAAUAUAGGAAAAUAA